AUGUUUUAUAAAAAAACCGUUGAAAUUAGGAAGUCCAAAGGGUUGGGUCGGUGUAUUACGCCUAAUUUAUACCUUCUUCACUCACUCAUAGUCAUCCCGGUGAUCUCCAAACACCAUCGGAGACAUGUUUCAGUGAAGAAGAAAAAGAAGAAGAAGAAGAAGAGGGUUUUAUUUGGAGGCACCACCUUCUUCUCUUUUUUCUUCCAGCGACACCACCGUUGUCUCUUUCUUUCAUUAUCCGGCGUUCAACAAUCCUCUGUGUUUCCCUCUUCGUCUGUAUUUUCAAUAGGCCAAGAAGAUUAUUCAGGUCGCUCUUCGUUCAUUAUUCGUUCGUUCCUGGAUUCAUCGCAUGCUUCAUCAUCGCUAAAAGGAUCAAACACUGUACAAAAGGUCGCCAAAUUGAAACCAAAGCAUCCAUCAAACGAAGAUGAUUGGUCAAGCAAGUGGUGA